AUGAAGACUUCAUUGUGUCUGCUAGCUCUCGCAGCCUCCGCCUUCGCCGUUCCCCAGGCAGUGACGGAAGACAUCAGUCCCAAGGGUUCUGCGCCAGAAGGAUGCGAUGCCACAUAUGAUGGCACUUUCGAAGUGACUGUGGUAAAGGCAUCAGAAUCCAAGCGUGACCUCGAGAAGCGAUCGUGCAAUGGAGACGGUGUCUUGGUCAUGACAUUAAAGGAUGGUAUCCUGAAGGAUGCCAAGGAUCGCACCGGUUACAUUGCCUCCAACUACCAAUUCCAAUUCGACGGUCCGCCUCAAGCAGGCGCCAAGUUCACCAGCGGGUUCUCGGCCUGCUCGAACCAGUCCCUAGCACUUGGCUCGUCAACCGUCUUCUACAAGUGUCUCUCGGGAGAUUUUUACAACCUCUACGACCGCAACUGGGCAGCCCAGUGUGAGCCAGUUCAGAUUGUCAUGAUGCCCUGUGGUGGCUCCAGCAACAGCGCAGCCGCGAGAAAGGUGGUUGGGAGCAUCAUCGCCACCACUGUUGUAACCGUGGUUUCUGACGGAACAACAAAGGAGGUCGCCACCACGAUUGAAGUCCCCAUGUGCCAGAUCGGCGACGGCCAAGUUCAAGUCCGCACGACGCCCUGCGACGAUAUGAAGCUACCAAUCAUCACGGCCCCGCCUGUGAGCCAGAUCGAGGAUGGCCAGAUCCAAGUCCCCACGGGCGCUCCCGAGACUGUCGUCGUGCCUAAGAAGAAGAUUGCCCAGCCCGAUGAGCCUGCAGCUGAAACUGCUAAAACUGCUGAAGGGCAGACCAAGGUGGACAAGCUUAUGACCGAAACGUCAAUUCUCAAGGCUACAGCGUCCCUUAAAUACUUCACGUCGAGCACUUCCACCGCGAAAACAACGAAGUCUACGGAGGCUAGUUCGACGACCGAGGCGGCUCCCGAUAACACUGAUACCCCCAACGAGUCCAGCACGGCCCCGGGAGCAUCGGCUACUGCUUCAAGCGGGAUGAAGGUCAUUCCCAAUAUGGUUGUUGCGCUUUUGAUUGGCGCGUUCGGCGCGUUUUGCUUCCUGUAG